CUUAUCUUACUCGAUCUUAUUACAGCUAUCUAAAAUAUUUGGUAAUUAAAUUUGAUUUACAGUGUCAGCAUAUCAAAUAAAGUAUCCACCAAUAUAAAAUGUACAGAAUCUCCUACUUGGUAUUCAAAUCUAAUUAACUCCCCAAUUUCCAUUUUUAUACUGAUACCAUUUUGUAUUUAGUGGCUUGAGAGAGAAAGCAUACAUUUCAUGAUCAGUCUCUGAUUAGGGCAUAGAGAGAGAGAGAGAGAGAUUUUUAUAUAGCUUAUAAGCAUGGUGAUAAAGUUCAUGUUUUUGGUGGUGGUGGUGGUGAUAGUUGCGGUGGACGGUGGAGAUGUAACGUACGACGGACGAUCUUUGAUUAUCGACGGACAGCGAAAGCUUCUGUUUUCUGGUUCUAUUCACUAUCCAAGAAGCACUCCUGAGAUGUGGCAGUCUCUGAUAGCCAAAGCUAAGAAUGGAGGGGUAGAUGUGAUAGAGACUUACGUGUUCUGGAACCUCCAUGAGCCACAACCUGGACAGUAUGAUUUCAGUGGAAGACGUGAUAUAAUAAGAUUUGUUAAGGAAGUUGAAGCACAAGGCCUCUAUGUCUGCCUUCGAAUUGGACCUUUUGUUCAGGGUGAAUGGUCCUACGGAGGGCUGCCAUUCUGGCUGCAUGAUAUCCCAGGCAUGGUUUAUCGAUCGGACAAUGAACCUUUCAAGGUUGAGAUGCAAAAAUUUACUACAAAGAUAGUAACAAUGAUGCAAUCAGAGAGCUUAUAUGCUUCACAAGGAGGUCCAAUCAUACUAUCACAGAUUGAGAAUGAGUAUGGAACUGUGGAAGAAGCAUAUCAUGAAAAAGGACCAAUUUAUGUGAAAUGGGCUGCACAAAUGGCAGUUGGACUUAACACAGGCGUGCCAUGGGUUAUGUGCAAGCAAGAUGAUGCUCCUGAUCCUGUGAUAAAUUCAUGCAAUGGGAUGAGAUGUGGAGAAACAUUUGUUGGGCCGAACUCUCCAGAUAAGCCUGCAAUUUGGACUGAGAAUUGGACUACCCGAUAUGUAAUAAAUGGGGAGAAUCCACGGUCAAGAUCAGCGGAGGACAUUGCAUUUCAAGCUACACUAUUUGUAGCUGCAAGAAAUGGAAGCUUUGUAAAUUAUUACAUGUAUCAUGGAGGAACAAAUUUUGGAAGAGUGGCUUCUGCAUUUACUCCCACAAGUUACUACGAUGAAGCACCUCUGGAUGAGUAUGGAUUAAUCAACCAACCUAAAUAUGGUCAUUUAAAGGAGAUGCACGCUGCAAUUAAGCUCUGUUCAACUCCUUUACUAUCAGGAGGCCAAGUUACCAUUUCAUUAGGCCAACAGCAACAAGCCUAUGUGUUUAAUACAGCAUCAGGAGAAUGUUCUGCUUUUCUUGUCAACAAUGACACUGCAAAUUCAGCAUCGGUUCAAUUUCGAAAUAGUUCAUAUGAUUUGCCUGCAAAAUCAAUUAGCAUUUUACCUGAUUGCAUCAACGUUGCCUUCAAUACUGCAAAGGUAAGUACUCAAUACACUACAAGACGUAUGGUGAGAAAGAAGGUGCUAGAUGCAGCAGAAUCGUGGCAGCAAUACGAAGAACCGAUUCCUAACUUUGACGACACUACCAUAAGAUCAGAAACUAUAUUGGAGCAAAUGAGUACUACAAAAGAUGCUUCAGAUUACCUCUGGUAUACUUUCAGAUUUCCGCAAGAAUCAUCUGAUAACCAAGCAGAGCUAAAAGUGAGGUCUCUCGGCCAUGUUCUUCAUGCCUUUGUCAAUAGUCAACAAGUAGGUUAUGCUCAGGGAAGUCACAGCAAUCCACAAUUUAAUCUCCAGAGUACAAUUUUUUUGAAUGAAGGAGUUAACAAUGUCUCCUUGCUUAGCGUGAUGGUCGGAAUGCCGGAUUCAGGAGCAUAUAUGGAAAAAAAGGUAGCCGGAUUAAGGAAGGUGAUGAUUGAAGAAAAACAGGGUAACAAGGAUUUCACCAACUAUUCAUGGGGAUAUCAGGUGGGUUUAAUUGGAGAGAAGUUACAAAUAUUCUCAGAGCAAGGUUCAACUCAAAUUCAGUGGGCUAAUCUUUCUAAUAAUUCUCACAGUCCACUCAUAUGGUAUAAGACACUAUUUGACGGUCCAGUAGGAGAUGCACCAGUGGCUUUAAACCUUGGUUCCAUGGGAAAGGGUGAAGCUUGGGUUAAUGGCCAAAGCAUUGGAAGAUAUUGGCCUUCGUAUCGUUCACCAGAUGGAUCUUCACAGUUAUGGUACAAUGUGCCAGGAUCUUUCCUGAAACCCAAAGACAAUCUAUUAGUCGUAUUAGAAGAAUUGGGUGGGAACCCUCUUGAAAUAUCAGUGGACAGCGCAUCAAUUUCACAGCUAUGCAGCCACGUCAGCGCCUCUCAUCUGCCACCUGUGCUAAGUUCAUGGAACAAAAGCAGCAAUACAUACAAGAAAUUGCAGCAUAGAAGGAAGGCUUCAGCUGAAUUGAAUUGCCCUUCAAAUUCCAAAAUUUCUAACAUUUUAUUUGCAAGCUAUGGCACUCCACUUGGUACCUGUGGUGGAGAUAGUUUUGGUGUUGGAAUGUGUCACUCUUCUUCUUCAAAAUCCAUUCUUCAAAAGGCAUGCCUGGGGCAGAGGAGGUGUAAGGUUCCUGUGUCCAGUAAAUACUUUGGAGGUGAUCCAUGUUCGGCAAAUGAAAAAUCAUUGUUGGUAAUUGCACAAUGCAAAUGAUAAAUUUUUUUGUAUUUCUUGAUUAUCUGUAAAUUUUUAUAUUUUUAUGGGAACCCCUUAAAAGUAAGGGGACUGUUAAAGCCACAAACCAUAAUGUUCAUUUUUAUUUAAUUUAGUUCCCAUCAAAUUAUCAAUUUA